AUGCUGUAUGGACAGGAGAAGGCAGGACGGGGAAAUGGAAGGACCCACGUCCAGCCCUCUGCGCUGCGCUUCGUCCACCUGGGUGGUGGAAAGGCGCUGACUUGGAUGCGCUCUGAGUUCUCGUGCGCUGGCGCAACGCUGCUGCUGCUGCUUCCGUGUUUGGGUUUCCAGCGCUGUGGAGGGAGAGCUCAGAGCAAAAUCCGUACUCAGCUGGUGGAACAGUUCAAAUGUCUGGAACAGCAGUCGGAGUCGCGCCUGCAACUCCUGCAGGACCUCCAGGAGUUCUUCCGAAGGAAAGCUGAGAUAGAGCUGGAGUACUCCAGGAGCCUGGAGAAAUUAGCUGAACGCUUCUCGUCCAAGAUACGCAGCUCCAGAGAGCACCAGUUCAAGAAAGAUCAGCACCUACUUUCCCCUGUGAACUGCUGGUACCUGGUUCUGACGCAGACCCGGCGAGAGAGCAGAGAUCAUGCUACCCUGAAUGACAUUUUCAUGAACAAUGUCAUUGUCCGACUAUCACAGAUCAGUGAGGAUGUCAUCAGACUCUUUAAAAAGAGUAAGGAAAUUGGCUUACAGAUGCAUGAAGAACUCUUGAAAGUCACCAAUGAGCUUUACACAGUGAUGAAAACUUACCACAUGUAUCAUGCAGAAAGCAUCAGCGCUGAGAGCAAGCUGAAAGAGGCAGAGAAGCAGGAAGAAAAGCAGUUCAAUAAGUCAGGGGACAUCAGCGUGAACCUGCUGCGCCAUGAGGACAGGCCUCAGCGACGGAGCUCCGUCAAGAAGAUUGAGAAGAUGAAGGAAAAGAGACAAGCCAAAUAUUCUGAAAACAAGCUGAAGUGUACUAAAGCCAGGAAUGACUACCUGCUGACCCUGGCAGCCACCAACGCAGCUGUCAGCAAGUACUACAUCCACGAUGUCUCUGACCUCAUCGAUUGCUGUGAUUUGGGAUUCCAUGCCAGUCUAGCUCGAACCUUCAGGACAUACCUGUCUGCUGAAUAUAACCUAGAAACCUCACGUCAUGAGGGCCUGGAUAUCAUUGAGAACGCUGUGGACAACUUAGAUGCACGAAGUGACAAGCACACGAUCAUGGACAUGUGUAACCAGGUCUUCUGCCCACCUCUGAAGUUUGAAUUCCAGCCUCACAUGGGGGAUGAGGUAUGCCAGGUCAGUGCCCAGCAGCCUGUGCAGACUGAAUUGCUGAUGCGGUACCACCAGCUGCAGUCUCGACUAGCCACCCUCAAGAUAGAGAACGAAGAGGUACGAAAAACUCUGGAUGCUACAAUGCAGACUUUGCAAGACAUGCUGACAGUGGAAGAUUUUGAUGUUUCAGACGCCUUCCAGCAUAGUCGCUCCACUGAGUCGGUCAAAUCAGCUGCUUCAGAGACCUACAUGAGUAAAAUAAACAUUGCCAAGAGGAGAGCCAACCAACAGGAAACUGAAAUGUUCUAUUUUACAAAAUUUAAGGAGUACUUGAAUGGCAGUAACCUUAUCACCAAGCUCCAGGCUAAACAUGACCUGCUGAAGCAGACUCUGGGAGAAGGUGAAAGAGCUGAAUGCGGAACAACCAGGCCCCCAUGUCUUCCCCCUAAACCACAGAAAAUGAGGAGACCUAGGCCUCUCUCAGUCUAUAAUCAUAAGCUCUUUAACGGCAAUAUGGAAACGUUCAUUAAGGAUUCAGGACAGGCUAUUCCACUCGUAGUAGAAAGCUGCAUUCGCUACAUCAAUUUAUAUGGCCUUCAGCAACAGGGUAUUUUUAGAGUUCCUGGCUCUCAGGUUGAAGUCAAUGACAUCAAGAAUUCGUUUGAAAGAGGUGAAGAUCCCCUUGCUGAUGAUCAAAAUGAACGUGACAUUAACUCAGUGGCUGGAGUCUUGAAGCUGUAUUUCCGAGGACUGGAAAACCCUCUCUUUCCUAAGGAAAGAUUUCAAGAUUUGAUAUCUACUAUAAAAAUUGAGAACCCCACCGAGAGAGUGCACCAGAUCCAGCAAAUCAUCGUCACUCUGCCCCGGGCUGUCAUCGUUGUCAUGAGAUAUCUUUUUGCUUUCCUUAAUCACUUGUCGCAGUACAGCGAUGAGAACAUGAUGGAUCCCUACAACCUGGCCAUCUGCUUUGGGCCGACUUUGAUACACAUUCCAGAUGGGCAGGAUCCGGUAUCCUGCCAAGCCCAUGUCAAUGAGGUCAUCAAAACCAUCAUCAUUAAUCACGAGGGCAUCUUCCCCAGCCACAGAGAACUGGAAGGACCUGUCUACGAGAAGUGCAUGACUGGAGGCGAGGAGUAUUGUGACAGCCCCCACAGCGAGCCAGGCACCAUCGAUGAAGUUGACCAUGACAACGGCACAGAGCCCCACACCAGUGAUGACGAAGUGGAGCAGAUUGAAGCCAUAGCCAAGUUUGACUAUAUUGGACGGUCCCCACGAGAGCUCUCCUUUAAGAAAGGGGCCUCGCUCCUCUUGUACCAUCGGGCUUCGGAGGACUGGUGGGAAGGGAGACACAACGGUGUGGAUGGCCUCAUACCCCACCAGUACAUUGUGGUGCAAGACAUGGAUGAUGCAUUCUCUGACAGUUUGAGUCAGAAGGCGGACAGCGAGGCGAGCAGUGGACCCCUGCUGGAUGAUAAAGCCUCAUCCAAAAAUGACAUCCAGUCUCCGACAGAUCAUAUUCCAGACUACGGAUUUGGGGGAGUAAUGGGCCGAGUGAGAUUGAGGUCUGACGGUGCAGCUAUUCCUCGCCGUCGAAGCGGGGGGGACACCCACAGCCCCCCGAGAGGGCUGGGUCCUGGCAUAGACACUCCUCCUCGAGCAGCGGCCUGUCCUAGCAGCCCCCACAAAAUACCACUUAACAGAGGCAGGAUUGAGAGUCCUGAAAAGCGCAGAAUGGCGACAUUCGGCAGUGCAGGGAGCAUCAAUUAUCCAGACAGGAAGGCCUUGUCUGAUGGCCACCCGCUGAGAUCGACUUGUGGAUCGACUAGACACAGUAGUCUUGGAGAUCAGAAAUCUCUAGAAGCAGAAGCGCUUGCUGAGGUAAGAGGGUUGUGAAGUGACUCGUGGUGCCCAGAGAUCUAGAGGCUAAAAUACAAUUCACUUGGAUAGCAGUACAGAGCCUCUCUCAUCUCAGAGCACUUCAAAAUUAUAGGCCUGUUGUUGUAGCUGUGAUGGUUUAAGGAUAAAAAUGAAAAGCUAAAGGCUUGCCUGCUUUUCCAACUGUAUCGGUUGGUCCAAUAAAAGAUAUUGGCUCUUCCUGCAAACCUUGUUUUUUCUUCAGAAUAAUAGACAGAAAUAUUCGAUCCACCACUGAAAUGUGGCUGUCAGCUCUUAGCUCUUGCAGGAAGAGAAGAACGUUAUCUUCAUUUAAAACUCUGUAUGAAACUUAGAAGGAGAAAACUGGAUUUGCCAAAUUAAAAUUUGGUUGAUACAUCUUGACUGGUGCUCAGUAUUUGGAGAAAAGUGCUUCAGGUUUGUUAAUGGCUGUUUGUAGCUAGGUCCUCAAAAUGUAAGCCUGAUCAAAAUAUCAUACCAGCAGUCAUGCAAUGUCUUCAGCAUCACCGUAGGCCCUCAGUUCCAUGGUUCUCAUCAAAUGCUCAUUACCUGCAGCAUAGGCCACAGGUCUCCUCACUGGAGAUAUCAAUCUUGUUACACUAAACCUGUUGAAAUCUUAGACUACGAUCCUAUUGUGGCACAGGCUGCAAAAUUUUUCAGUGUCUCGCAGACCAUUUAGUUCAGGCAGAGUCCUGCGUUAGUGUGUCUAACUGGCGAUGGGUUGGAGCCAGCUUCAUGUCCCUGGGCUGGAGCCAGGCAGGCACUCCUCCGAGGAGGUGGAGGGUGAUGAGCCUCGGUGUUUCCAGCUUUGGCACUGUUCAGUUUGUUUGCUCACAGUGGUGAGGACCAUGCAGAGGUGCCUCUUUGCACCAGUAAGGAAUCUGAGGGCAGCAGGCUGCAGCUUGGAGAUGGUGACUGCUGUGGAGAGCCACUGGGACUGAGCGAUUAGUUCUUGGCCUUCAUUCGCUCCUCAAGUGAAUGAGUUGUUGGCGAGGUGACAAUGUGCUAGGACUCUGCCAUACCCCCUCAGGCCUUGGUCCACCUCCCACUGAACUCGCCGGGAAUCUUCCCAAAGCUUUUAACGAUACUGGAGUUUCACUGAAAGCAGAGAGCUUUGCAGGCCUUUGAGGCUUGUCAUGAGAAAGUGGUGGUGCUCCUGGUGUUUUUAAGAGUAGAGUGUUACUGGCAGCAAAAAAUUAAUGCUAAUAAGAGUUAUGCA